AUGACACCGAAAUUCUCAGUUCUAAACAAACAGCACAUUCCAGAGAAAAUGGCGUCGCUGUCGAUCGCUUCACUGAUUUCUUUCUUCUCGGAAGAAAAGAAGUCUAUCAGAAAAGGAGAAAACCACUACAAAUCGGAUCAUGUGGAGUCACUUUCGUAUCAACAAGGUGUUUUACGCGGGGAAGUGCAUGCAAGCAUGAAAAAGAAGUUCUAUAAAGUCACGGUGAGUGAACUCAAGCUAAGCUAACAUCUUCUAUUAAAAGCACUCAACAGAGCUCAAGAUUUAGUCUGAUUUGCAGUUCUGUUUUAGGUAGAUUUGUUUGGUUCUUUCACUUCUUUGAACGAUUAGAGAUGGUAAAGGCGAUCUUAGCCGCCGAAUUCCAACUUACCAUAUUUUCAAACGUAACGGCUACAGAACAAAAAUUUUUGUAGUGAUUUGUUUACUUCAUAGCGUGGUUUUAACGUAGCACAUUGUUGUUAUCAUUUGGGAUCACCUGAAUCCAAUUCGUUGGUGUGAUGUUCUUUCGUUGUUUUCUUUUCCUAGAUUUACUUGGAUGAGCAACACGAAAUUAAGUCGACUGAGUGUGAAUGCCCAAGAGGAGCAUUUAAGUGUAGCCAUGCAGCUGCACUCUUUAUACACGGCAUCCAUAAUCUAAGCAGAACUGACGUUGAGUGUCAGUGGAGGAAAAGGAAGUCGAACACAUCGCUCUCAGCUCAAGCUGUGGCAGAAAUGUUCCCUCCACCUAAGAAGUACACUGCCUUGGGAAGAAAGCCAGUACAGGUUGACAGAGCACAGCUGUAUAAAGACCUUAAACAAUAUCGACGGUUUACAGGCUUUUCGGGCUGCUCAGUCCAAAGCCACCUGCUUUUAACGAACUACCAAUUCCAACAAUAG